GUGAGAGUGAUUGCAGUCAGAAUGUUUGCCACGCCCCUCCGACAGCCCAGUUCAAUGAGCCAAGGCCAAAACAAGGCACCUGGCAUGGAUGGCCACGAUAAGCCGUAUCAGUACGAGAUCACCGAUCACGGAUACGGCAAGGAUGCGGUCAAGAUCCUCCAUGUGAGUCGCAAGGGACCCGUGCACACCAUCCAGGAAUUCGAGGUGGGCACCCACCUGAAGCUCUACAGCAAGAAAGACUACUACCAGGGCAACAACUCGGACAUUGUGGCCACCGAUUCGCAAAAGAACACCGUCUAUCUGCUGGCCAAAAAGCAUGGAAUCGAGAGUCCCGAAAAGUUCGCUCUUCUGCUGGCCAAGCACUUCAUGAACAAGUACUCUCAUGUGGAGGAGGCCCACGUCCACGUGGAGGCGUAUCCUUGGCAGCGGGUGUGCCAGGAUGAGACCAAGACCACCAUCAAUGGCAAGUGCGAGAACGGAGUUCCCGGUAGCUGCGACUUCACUUCAAUCGACAACCGAUCGCUGCACAACCACGCCUUCAUUUUCACGCCCACCGCUCUGCAUUACUGCGAUGUGGUUAUGAGGAGAACAGAUCCCAAACAAACGGUCAUCACUGGAAUCAAGGGUCUUCGAGUGCUGAAGACUACCCAAUCUUCCUUUGUGAACUUUGUGAACGAUGAGUUCAGAUCUCUGCCAGAUCAAUACGAUCGCAUCUUCAGCACCGUGGUCGAUUGCUCCUGGGAGUAUUCUGAUACCCAAAACUUGGACUUUUUGAAGGCCUGGCAGACGGUGAAGAACAUUAUCAUCCGUAACUUUGCCGGUGAUCCGCAGGUGGGCGUAUCCUCGCCCUCCGUUCAGCACACCUUGUAUCUCAGCGAAAGACAGGUCCUGGAUGUCCUGCCGCAGGUGUCCGUCAUCUCAAUGACCAUGCCCAAUAAGCACUACUUCAAUUUCGAUACGAAGCCGUUCCAGAAAAUUGCUCCAGGUGAUAAUAACGAGGUUUUCAUCCCAGUGGACAAGCCACACGGCACUAUUUAUGCCCAGUUGGCCCGGAAAAACAUCAACAGUCAUCUCUAGACGAAUCUGUUAAAUAGUUAGCUUUAUUAAAUAACAAAUUAUUCAAUUCUAAAUUAUACUAGGCGAACAAAUUAAUUACUGUAUCUGGUAUUUGUAUGAUCGAUACGAAAAAAAGGGAAUUAGCAAUAAUAGUUUUGGCUUUUAAUAAACUUGUAAAUAUAAAAAAAAAAUUUGGUCUGUCGG